CCGGCGUUUGUGCGGCGCGGCCCGGGCGCAGCUCCUCGCCGCCGGGCCUUAGCGGUGCACGGGAGGGGGCCGGGCGCCCUCCGCACGUGCCGCGGCAGACACGCGCACCAGCAGCCCAGCGGGCAGGGCUGCGGCGUAUCAGGUUGCAAAGCCCUCUUCCCUCCCCUCGCCGCUCUCCGCGCGUUGACGUGCGAGAGGCGGCGGUGGGGCUUCGCGAGCGAAGAUGGCAGCGCUGGCCGAGCCUCUGGGGCUGGAGAGGGAUGUGGCGCGGGCGGUUGAAUUGCUGGAGCGGCUGCAGCGCAGCGGGGAGGUGCCCCCUCAGAAACUCCAAGCCCUUCAGAGGGUGUUGCAGAGCAAAUUCUGCUCGGCCAUCAGGGAGGUGUAUGAGCAGUUGUACGACACGCUGGAUAUCACGGGGAGUGCUGAAAUUCGGGCGCACGCCACGGCUAAGGCGACGGUGGCUGCUUUCGCAGCGAGUGAAGGCCAUGCGCAUCCACGGGUGGUGGAACUGCCCAAGACAGACGAAGGCCUGGGCUUCAACAUCAUGGGGGGCAAGGAGCAGAACUCUCCCAUCUACAUCUCCCGGAUCAUCCCAGGGGGCGUGGCUGACCGCCACGGUGGCCUCAAGCGAGGAGAUCAGUUGCUGUCGGUCAAUGGCGUGAGCGUGGAGGGCGAGCAACACGAACGGGCGGUGGAGCUCCUGAAAGCAGCGCAGGGUACCGUGAAGCUGGUUGUGCGCUACACGCCCAAAGUACUCGAAGAAAUGGAGGCGCGCUUUGAGAAGAUGCGGACGGCGCGGCGCCGGCAGCAGCAUAACAGCUACUCAUCCCUGGAGUCCCGAGGAUAAUUCGCAUCAUUAUCUAUCUGGUUUGUUUGGGCUGGCCUGCGAUUUCCCCCCACCCCCACCCCACCGCACCCUCCCUGAUGGUUUUAUCUGUAUAGCAGGAGACAUAUUUAUCUGCCUUCCUCCUCUUUGCCAGGAGGUGGGCUCCUAUGUACAGUAUUUAUUCUCCACAAUCCUCUUAUUUAAAGGUGUUCCCUGUGAGUGACUGUG